AAACCAAGCAAAUAUCAAGCCAUCAAUUUCUCUUCUUCCCCGAUCAUCCAUCCACCUCAAAACCCUAACAAUCGCCUAAUCUCAACAACCCCUCCAAUGGAACUCUGUCCUUUACUCGACACCCCUCUUCCUUCCUCCCACCGCCGCCUUCUCCGCUCCAAACCUUCCAUUUCUGCGCGGCCAAUUUCUGGUUUUUCCAAUUCUUUACGGCCAACUCGUCGCCGGAAUGCUUGUUCUGCUUCGAGCUUCGAUACCCUUGUUGCCAGAUCGCGUAAGGAGGAAGAGGCUGAGUUUGGAGAUUUGAAGGCUUGGAUGCACAAAAAUGGGCUUCCUCCUUGCAAGGUUGUUCUUGAGGAGAAGGCUUCGCAUGAUAAGAAUCAUUGGCCUAUACGUUAUGUGGCUGCCAGUGAAGAUCUUGAGGUGGGUGAUGUUGCAUUUUCGGCGCCGGAUUCCUUGGUCGUGACGCUUGAGAGAGUUCUUGGAAAUGAGACCGUCGCCGAGUUGUUAACCACCAACAAGUUAUCAGAGUUGGCAUGCCUAGCUUUGUACUUGAUGUAUGAAAAGAAACAAGGAAAGAAGUCUUUCUGGUACCCUUACAUUAGAGAGCUCGAUCGCCAGCGUGGGAGGGGCCAACUAGCCGUGGAGUCGCCUCUUCUAUGGUCGGAAGCUGAACUCGACUACCUCUCAGGAAGUUCGACAAAGAAAGAAGUUCUCGAACGGGCGGAAGGAAUCAAGAAGGAGUAUAAUGAGCUUGACACUGUGUGGUUUAUGGCUGGCUCUCUGUUUCAGCAAUACCCAUAUGAUAUUCCAACGGAAGCAUUUUCCUUUGAGAUUUUCAAACAAGCCUUUGUUGCAGUUCAAUCAUGUGUGGUGCAUUUACAGAAUGUAAGUUUGGCUCGGAGAUUUGCUUUGGUUCCUCUUGGCCCUCCGUUGUUGGCUUAUAGAAGCAAUUGCAAGGCAAUGUUAACUGCUGUUGAUGGUGCUGUGGAACUAGUGGUUGAUCGGCCGUACAAGGCUGGGGAAUCAAUAGCGGUUUGGUGCGGGCCACAGCCUAAUUCAAAACUACUCCUAAACUAUGGAUUCGUCGACGAAGAUAACCGCUACGAUCGCUUAGUAGUCGAGGCAGCUUUGAACACCGAAGAUCCUCAAUAUCAAGAUAAAAGAAUGGUUGCUCAAAGAAAUGGCAGAUUAUCAAUACAAACCUUUUAUAUUUAUGCUGGAAAGGAGAAAGAAGCUGUCUUAGACAUGCUUCCUUAUCUUAGGCUUAGCUAUGUCACUGAUCCGUCAGUUAUGCUGUCUGUUCUUUCUUCUCAAGGUCCUGUCUGUCCUGUGAGCCCUUGCAUGGAAAGAGCUAUGUUGGAACAAGUUGCUGGCUAUUUCGAGCGACGACUGGCUGGCUACCCGACUACGUUGAGCGACGAUGAGUCUCUGCUGGUCGAUGGUGAUUUGAACCCGAAGAAGCGAGUUGCUACUCGGCUUGUUAGAUUGGAAAAGAAGAUUCUUCAGUCAUGCUUGGAAGUGACUAUUGAUUUCAUGUAUCAGUUGCCGGAUCAUAGUGUUUCUCCAUGCCCUGCUCCCUAUGAACCUUUUUUGAGAUGAGUUAGAUCGUCACGAAUCGAGCUGCGAUACGAAAUCCUCCAUCCCGAGGUGAAGCAAAAAUCAAGGUUAGUUUGAUGAAAACUCGUUCUUCUGAGCUUUUUUUCGUUUAGUAUCCGGGGUGGUGGCCGAUGGGUCCAUGCAUCAUAUGCCCACCGCUGGUAGGUAUUGUCUGCUUUAGACAGUAAGAAAAGCCC